GAGCGCUUAACUUUUCAAACGGGACCCAAACACGCACACACGGGACAGGGGACACUCAACGAAAAGCUUUAAGGAGACUCUUUCGCUAUCGUUUAACUAUAUCGGAUUAUCAGUCGUCGGACAUACCGGACUGGAUAAAUCAACAUUAUUUAAUGGCGAAGUGGAUCAUGUUUUUCUCUUAAAUCUCUCAAUGGAUUAUAUUUAUGAAGGCGAUCAAAGGACUGAGAUGAGAGGCAUGCUUAGCACUUAUUUUAGUAGUGACACCUACACGCGCAACAUGUGUUGCACUGACAGCACGCGGAGCGCACAGACUGUGAUAUAGCUACUAAACACCUGACUCCUGCAAUAAUACAUUCUAUUCGUGCACAUGCUAAAAUGAUCUCGGAGGAAAGAAGCAAUCACAUCUCUAAACAAGCUCUCGGCUUUCCAGUGGGGUUAUUGAUCCGCUCGCCCAAGAGACGCCUGGCAAUGCUGGGCAGAAAGCCCAGCAGUGGAUCUCUACAGUCCAGCACGUCUGAUAGCACGGCUCAGUCUGUGGAGAGCUCUGGAGUCCGACAGCCGGCCAAGAGCAAGAUACGCCGACACAACAACAGGCUGACCACGGUGUUCAACCGAAGCCCUGUUCUGCGAAACCGACGGCCAGGUCGGGACAGCAGAACCCUAGAACUGCAAGCAGCGGACGACCCCGCGGAGCUGUCCUGUCAGAGGACUAUCCCAGGGAUCCUCAAGAUAUUUGGCAGUGACAUCUGCCAAGGAACCAACUACAAGAGUGUGCUGGCCACCAGUCACUCCAGUGCCAAAGAGCUGGUCAAAGAGGCUCUGGAGAGGUACUGCUUGGAAAAGGAAGACUCCAGUGCAUAUGUGCUCUGUGAUGUGAUUGGCCGAACUGGGUUGGACCACGAAUGGAAGACGGAGUGCUGUCGGGUUGUCGGUGACCACGAGAAGCCCCUCAUGUUGCAGUCGCUCUGGAAACCCAAGGAGGGAUUCUCCAGGCGUUUCGAGAUCCAGAAAAGAGCAAACGUGGAGGCGCUACGUGCCAAGAAUACAGACACCGUCACCGCAGGCCUCAAUGCCCAAGCCCGAAAGCUGCAGCACGCCCGUUCGCGGGUCACCUCCCUGUAUGUGGAUGGGACGAAUGAAGGGGUGGAUGCUCUGGGUAUCUGGAGGAGCUUGAGUGACAUGGACGUCUCAACUAUGGGAAAAGAAGCCAGUGAGACCCAUAAUGCACCUCUACAGGAGGAUCCAGAGGCAGAGGCUGAUAAAGAGGCUCACCGCCUCAAUGCAGAGAAAGAGGAGACGGAAAGCAGCGAUGACAACAACACGCAGUACUCCAUACACCUGCCCUUUGAUUUCCCAUAUUUCCUUCUGCUGCAAGGAUACAACCACAGACAGGACUUUCUGAUCUACCUGAUGAGUGGGAACAGUUGUAUAUUUGGCUCCUCCAUUGAAACCUCCACUGGUAAGAAUGAGGAGACCCUGACAGUGGACGUCCUACUCUUUGCUCCUGACAUCCUACCUCAGCACUGCUGCGUACGGCGCCUUGAUGCCACCAGUGACCAAACCAAGGGAAGUAGCAAGAUGCAAACUAUGCUCAGACCCCUCCACAGUGCAUGUGUUACGCACAACGGCGUCCCCCUUGAUGACGAGGUUGAGUUGUGUCCAGGGGACCUGGUGGGGCUCGGUCAGCACUAUCUCUUUAUGUUCAAGGACCCUACGGCCUCAGGAGCCUUUCAGACCCCAUCCUGGAUGGCCACGCUGUGUCCUUCUACCACAGCGUCACCCUGUAAUCUGUGUGAAACAUCCGUCAGGAGGAGGAGGACUCAAAAAAUGGCCGCCCGCUGGAGGGACUUGGACGGCAGGGUGGUGUCGCUGUCCUAUCAGGUGCAGCACGAAGAUCAGGUCUUGGAGAAGAUUCUCAGUAUGGUGGACCCAGGAGGGGAAGAACCCAAACUUACUCCAGCCUUUCUGCUCUGUCUGUGCAUUCAGCACUCCGCCACCUUCAUUGAGUUGGUUCACCUCCGGAAAUUGCUGCUCUCUAUCGCUAAUCAGAUCCAGCUCACCAUGUGGGAAAGAACAAAAGAACUCGCAGCUCUGCAGCCAGACAUAAGCACCAGUGAAAUGUCAGCAGAGCAGCAAGUGUUGAACAUCAAGGAUCUGAUGUCAGGCCUGCAGCCGCUGGUGCUGUGGAUGUCCAACUCCAUUGAGCUGCUGCACUUCAUCCAUCAUGAGGUCCCCCUUCUCUUAACGUGGAGACAGCAGGACAGACAGGAAAUGGACAAAGAAUCAAUGGAUUGUCAGAUCCAGUCCACACGAGCUGCCAGCGAGGAGGCCAUGACUGUCCUAGAGGAAGUCGUCAUGUUCACCUUCCAGCAGUGUGUCUACUAUCUCACGAAAAGUAUGUAUGCUGUGCUGCCGGGACUGCUGGAUAGUAACCCUUUCUCUGAGAGCGGUCAGCUGCGCAUGCCUGCGGGAGUCAGCCAAAUCCUGGACGUCCUGAAGGAGGCGCUGCACCUGCUCAACGCUUUCCAGGUGCACAGCGAGAUCAUAUCUCAACUGCUGACCUACCUGUUCUUCUUCACCAACGCCUCGCUCUUCAACACGCUCAUGGAGAGAGGGUCUGGAGGUGGCUUCUACCAGUGGUCUAGAGGAGUGCAGAUCCGGGCCAAUCUGGAUUUGCUGAUGGACUGGAUUCAGAGCAUUGGCAUGGGAGAUUUGGCUGCUGACUUCUUCCAGAGACUCUCUUCUGCCGUCAACCUGCUCGCAACUCCCAAGGAGACCCUACUGCAGAUUCCACUGCCAUGCCCAUGCACUCGUACACAAAAAAUGUUCUGA